AUGGCCGCCCACGCUGAUCGCCGAUGCGGCAUGUUGAUUGACCGGCACGUCCCGAAGAAUGGCGGCUCGACGAUGCGCUCCUUUAUGCGGCGCAAUCGCGCCGUCUGCAGCUACGUCGGGUGCGGAGUCUGUCCCGAGCCGUUCCAUUGCCGCCCAGCAGCUUACGCCACGGUGACUGACAGGUACGACGUGUCGCGCACGUGGCCGUCGCGCGUCGGCUUUACGCACAUCAAGCUCGAAGAGCUCACGCAGGCCCUCUCCUCCAACAUCUCGGCCGCCUCAGCGUCGAGCGGCGGCUCGCCGUCCGCGAUGGCGGCGGCGGCUGGCUGCUGGUGCGUCGAGGCGCACGUCGUCGCCAGCCACUUUUUUGCGCAGCUUGGCGCGCUGCGCGCCUCGCCGUACGGCCGCACGUGCAGCGUGACCGUCGUGCUUCGCGUCCGAGAGCCGCUCUCCUGGUACCGCUCCUACUACGACUGGGCCGUCCUCGGCCGCCAGCGGGGCGGGGAGGCGCGGCAGCAGUGGGGCGCAAACUUCACCGACUGGCUGCCGCCCAACCUGCAGUCUGCUCUCCUCUUCCUGCCGGGCUACUCGGCGCAGCACGCGGUUGACGUGCUCGCCCCGCUCGAGCGGCUCGACGAGGCGGCGGCGGUGGUGAUGCACAAGGCCGGCUUCCUGCAGCCCACCGGCUACGAGCGCUUCGCGCCCGGCCCGACCUCCGGCGCCUGGUCGCGCCGCAAGGCGCAGCUUCCCGUUCAGGCGAGCGGCGACUUUUGCGCCGCCGGCCCCCGCCUCCGCGCGUGCGAGGCGGCGGUGCUCGCCGCCGCACCGGACGACCACCGGCUGUACCAGCUGGCCGUCGAGCGGUUCGCGGCGCAGAGGUUGCUCCCUCGCAGCAAGUCGGAGAUGUCGUCCGAGUCCGCCGCGUCGGCGCCGUAUGCCGGCGGAGCCGCCUCACGCGCCUUCUCUAUCCGCGCGUUCACGGCGCUCGCUGCGGCCGAGGCGCCGGUGGCGGAAGACGCCCUUGCCGUCGGCGAUCGUGUGCGUGUGCGCGUGACUAGCGUCGCGGACGGCAAGAUCUCGCUCAGCUGUCGAGGCGUGCAGCAGGGUGGAGACGCUCCGGCCGCGUGGCGGCUGUGGACGCCGUCGCAUGUGCUUGGCUCGCCUCCCACCGCUCGUGCGCUCGAGGGGCUGGAGUGCGUAACCCUCUCGUACAGUCGCUCCUCUGGCGCCGGCGGGCAGGCGGUCAACAAGCUGAGCACAAAGUGCGAGGCGCGGCUCUGUGUGGCGCAUAGCCCGUGGCCGGACGCGGUCAAGGCGCGGCUGCUGCAGCUCGGCGGCGCGACGCGCGGCGGAGAGCUCCUCGCCGUCUCGGACCGCCACCGCACGCAGGCCGCCAACCGGAAGGAGCGACUCUCGAGAGAAGUGGCGCCGUCGCCUCGGAGGCCCGCUCUGCUCAUAGCCUCCUCUCACUCCAAGGAUGCGCUCGAGAAGCUGGCGGCCCUCGUCGCCGACGCGCGGACGUCCGAGAAGAAGCGCGGCCGCAGCGAGGGCCGCCGAGGCUUAUACGAGGCGCGGCGCAAGGUGCUGGUCGCGGCGGCGGCCCUCUCUCUCUCCGUCCCGCGGCUGGGCGUGCCGGCGGGGGCGGCGGAGGCGGGGGCAGAGGCGGAGGCGGGGUCAGCCAGGCAGGCAGGAGCCAGGCGGGAGCCCGUGGUGCCGUGGGGCCCGUUCAAAGGGCUGGAAGAGGGCGAUAUCGACGCGCUCGAGGCGGCCAGCCUGGCGCCGGACGCGGGGUACACGCUGCCUUGCGGCUCGCGCGUCAUCGACCUCGUGGUUGGGACUGGUCCGCAGCCGAGGCGGGGCGACGUCGUCUACUGCCAGUACAAGGUGUGGGCGGGAGGCUUCCGCGCCGGCCCGGUGGCGGACUGGACGUACUACGACGGGCGGCCCUACGGGUGGACGCUGGGCACCGCCACGGACCGAGAGCCCCCAGAUGCGGAGAACACGUCCCUGCGCCAGAGUGCCGUCGCGCUGCAUUCCCCGUCGUACUCACGCCCUACCGCCACACGGCGUCAAGAGCGCAUCCCCGCGCCGGUCGAUGAGGCGGUGCGCGCGGGCAUGCGAGAGGGCGGCUGGCGGCGGCUGGUCGUCCCGGCGGCGUACGGUGAGGCUGGGCUCCGCCGGAUCAACUAUUUGAAGGGAGGCGGGAGGUACACGCCCGCAAAGGCGGGCUUCGCGAUCCGCCCGCAAGAGGUCGCCUACUUCGACCUUGUGAUGCUGGACGGCGGCUCGGGGCGCUGCGACCGGCUGCUGCGGCCGCAGGGCGUGGCGGAGGCCGACGCCACGCGCCUGAGGAGCAAGCUAUGCAUGCCGGGGGAUGUGAGCACCGACGGUCCGCGGCUGGUGUAG